AUGAAUUAAAUUUAAGGACCUUGUUCUAACUUAUCUUCACAAAAAUUAAAUAAGAAAGUAAUAUUUCAACAUCUAAAAUUUAGUCUGAAGAAAGUUGCUAUAAAACCCUCAAGUAAAUCGGUGCAAUCAACAAUUUAAAGAAAUUUGGUGAUUUUUAAAGUUGUGGUAAAUCAACAUACAAAGUAAUUUUAGAUAACCUUUUUAACUAAACUUCUUCUAGAAAAAAAGAAGGUGAUAAACUAAGAAAAGACAAUUAUAGUAGAGUUAAUGCAUAAUAAAAAUUUGAUAUUUAAUUAAGAAAUGAAAUUUAAUAUAAAGAUUAUUUUAUUGGUGGAAUUAAGGAUAUUAUAAGUAAAGAGAAAUGUUCUUAAAAUUUAAAAUAAAUGUGCAUAGAUUAAAUAAACUAAAUCUAUAAAAAUGUAACUUACAAAGAUUUAUACUUUAAUUCUAAGAAAUAAUUACAUAAUAUUAUUUUAACUAAGAAAUAUUCAAUAGCUAUUGAUUUAGAUGAAACACUUGUACAUUCUGAAGAAUUAAAACCUAAUAGAAGAUAUGAUUUUUAAAACUAAUAAUUUGGAAUCUUUAUCAGACCAUAUUGCUUAUAAUUUCUAUAAAUGUUAAACAAGUAUGCUAAUUUAUUCAUUUUUACAUCCUCAAAUAUUAAAUAUGCUACAACUGUAAAUAUUAAUUAAUAUUUCAUUAAGAUAAUGUAAAUCUUAGAUCCUUUAAAAGAGAUUUUUCAAGGACUCUUUUUUAGAGAUCAUUGUACAAUCUUAUAAGAUAAUACCUAAGUCAAGGAUAUCAAAAUUAUUAGUAAUGAUUUAACUAAAAUAAUUUUGAUUGAUAACAAUCCAUAAUGUUUUAUGUAUUUGUACACAUAUAUUUUAAGUCCCUAACCUUUUAAUGGAAUACCUAUUAUACCUUUUAUAGAUAAUAAAGCUGAUAAAGAACUCUUAAUUUUAUAUUAAUUUAUAGAGCGUGAAAUUUUCAGUGCAGAAGAUGUUUAAUAAGUUAUUAAGAGAUUCUUUUAAUUCUAAUAAUUUCGAUAAUUUGAGAAUGGAAUGUAAGCUUUUUAGAUUCUUUAUAAUUGA